UUUCAGACUUGGCAUAAAACAUGUUUCAAAUGCACAGAAUGUGCCAUGGCAUUGAAUAUGAAAACGUACAAAGGUUUCAAUAAGAUGCCCUAUUGCGAAGCACACAUUCCAAAGGCCAAAGCCACAGCGAUUGCAGAUACGCCCGAACUAAAGAGAAUAGCGGAAAAUACCAAAAUCCAAUCGAAUGUUAAAUAUCAUGAAGAUUUUGAAAAGGCUAAAGGCAAAUUUACACAGGUCGCCGAUGAUCCCGAGACAUUGCGUAUAAAACAAAAUACCAAACACAUAUCAAAUGUGGCCUAUCACGGUGAUUUGGAAAAGAAAGCUGCCAUGGAGAAACAGCGAGGUGCCGCCGAAGUAUCAGAUACAACAAAAGACGAAUCGGAAUAUUUCUCAGAACAAUUGGCCGCUGAACAAUUUGCACAAUAUGCCCCACAAGUACAUGCAUCCCAUUCACCAUUGCCGCCACAGCAAUUGUCACCACGCAUGGGUGUUGUACCACAGCAGCAACAACAGACGCAGCAGCAACAGCAGACACCGUCACAUGCACUGGCACCACAACAGCACAAUCAAUAUCACUACACAACAAACACACCGUCACAGCAACAGACAAUGCCAUCACCCAAUAUACAACAGCAACAACAACCACAACACAACACGGCCCACAUUGUGCCCAGCAAUCAGUCGCUAGGUGGUAUGACCGCUCACAAUUAUCAAACUAAUAAUGGUCGGCCGGGGCCAGCACAACACCAACAUCCCUAUGCAACAUCACACCAACAACAACAGCAGCAACAAUUUAUACAACACGAACAGCAACAACAACAGCAACAAUAUCAGCACUAUCAACAGCCUCAAUUGAUGCGUCAGCCUCAAAACCAGCAGCAGCAACAGCAACAAUUGCAAUCCCAUGGCCUAAAACAAUCUUCUCAUUUGUAUCCCUCUUCUUCUUCUUCUUCUACCCCUACCACAGCUGGCGGCGGCAUUUCAAAUGUUCAGGCAACAUCACAAUAUCAACAACCCAACAACAGCUACAAUCAAUUGCGUUCGGCCAUUUUACAAAGUUCUCAUCAUCCGACAGGCGCUCUAAUCCCCAAUGAUCCCUCAAUGCCGGCAUUGAGCACGGCCACACCCUACAAUAAUACUUAUGACCAGUAUGAUAAUAACACAACCACCACCAGUAAUAAUUACCCCAACAGUCAAAGGGCAACAUCACAGCAACAAUUGUAUCAGCAACAACAACAACAUCACAACAAUAAUCAUCUCAACAGUGGCAGCAGCAGCAUCAAUAAUAAUGGCGGUCUAGUACCAUCACUCGCUUAUCAGGCACAAAAAAGUUCUUCGGCAGCAACAACACCCAGCUAUGGUGGUAGUAGUGGCGGUGCCACAACAGCCCAGCAACAACUAUUCCCCAAUAAUUCGUACACGAACAGCUAUCAAUCAGCAGGAGCAGUACCUCAGCAGAGUGGACUAGGUGGUAAUCUCAACGGCAGUGGUGGUAGUGGCAUUGUUGGUGGCCAACAACAACAACAAACAAAUCAUCAUCAACAUCUUCAUCAUCAUCACAAUAGCAAUGGUGGUACAACAACAAUUAAUGGUAGCAUUGGUAAAAUAGCCGAUUAUGAUCCCCUAUCCGAUGGACCGCGUCCAUUACCCAAUACCGCUAGAUCAAGCACAACACUCAUCUAUAGUUCUGAUAAUCGUGCAAAUGUUAAUAAUUCGUAUGCCAAACGUAUUGGCUCUAUAGCUGAUCUUGAUCCUGUUAAUGGUAUUUAUGGUUCUUUAACAGCCCAAGAACAGCAGCAGCAACAACAACACCACAUGUCCAAUCACAAUAUGCAACAACCACAAUAUUAUCAUCAAAUGCCGCCGGUAAUGCAACAACCAAAUCAUCAACCACAACAUCACAAUUUGCAACAGCAGCAGCAACUACAACAACAACAGAAACAGGCCAAACAAAAUUUGCGUAUUUAUCGCGCCCUUUAUGACUACGAAGCCCAAGACGUUGAUGAGGUUAGCUUCCGUGAAGGUGAUAUUAUUUUCGAAGUUGAAUCCAUUGAUUCUGGCUGGAUGACAGGACGUGUGGAACGAACUGGCAAAACUGGCAUGCUACCUGCCAACUAUGUUGAACAAGCGGUUAUAUAAUAGGAAAUGCAUGCCAGCGAUAACAACCAUCACCAUGGGCAGCAGCAACAGCAUCAGCAUUCGGAAACCAAUGGCAAGAUACCAUUAGCCAAUGGUAAUGGUCAUAUAAGUAAUGGCAAUAUCAA